GUGAUUAAAAUUAAGCCUUUGUUAAACGUUCCAAUUUCUUUGUUAUCAAGCAAAAGCAAAGACAUCAUGUAGUUGGUUGCAUAUUUUUUAAUCUUUCUCAAUUUGUGAAGAUGGAGUCAAAAGAAGAAAGGAAUAACUACUACAUGCAGAAAAUACUUACCGAUGUUGUUGAAAAGAAACUUGCUGAUUUAUUUAUCCACGAAUGGGACAAACAUUACAAAAAAUCUCUUGGACAAUGGGAAAAUACAAACAUUAGUGGUCAAAAGUUGUUCAAUAUUGAAAAAACAAAAAAGAAACCUCAUGACAAACAUAUUCUGCAAACUUUUCAAGAUGGUGACACCAGUAAGUGGGAUUGUACAACACUGUUUGCAGCAAUAUUGUUUUCCAACUCAGUUGGAACUAAACUUGACCCAAAAGUUAGAGAGGCAGUAAAUGAAAUUCGCAACGUAAGAAACAAAUUCACCCAUGUAAAUAAAGGUCAAGUAUCUGAUACCGAAUUUCACAAAAUGGUCGGUGAUAUUGAAAAGUCAUUUAAAGAUCUAACAUUUUCAUUCACUGAAAUUAAUGAAAUUAAAUGUCAACGAAACAGAUUUAAUUCAUUUCAAGUACUUCCUUGCAAACCAAAUCACGAUGUAGUUAAACGUACAGAAUUACUUAACAAAAUCACGGCAGAUCUGAAUAACUUGCGAAGUACUAACAACAAUGAACUGACAUAUUACUAUAUUUCUGGUAAUCCUGGCAGUGGUAAAUCUCAAUUAGCCAGACAAAUUUGCGACGAAAUGUUUAACUCCGUUGACUGGGAAAAUAAAACUACAUUUGUGAUGACACUCGAAGGAAAAGAUGCUGACUCCCUCUUCAAAACUUAUAAUGACCUUUGUCAACGUUUGAACAUCCAUGAACAUUUUAUUGAAAAUGUUUUUAAAAAGGUAAAAAGCAGCGAAGACAGAAUCAAACACUUUCAUUUCCUGCUGACACAAAAUCUGAAAUCUUGGAAAAUAUGGUGGAUUGUUGUAGAUAACGUGGUUGAACUUGAUAAAAUUUAUCCAUUAUUACCUCAAGUUGGUGAUCAUAAUUGGAAAAAUGGACAAAUUAUAGUAACUGUCCAAAAUACAGAUGCUAUACCACUAGAUGGAAAUCAAAACAAACACAUUUCAGUCAGUCAUGGUAUGAAUGAUAAAGAAUGUCGUCAACUUCUAUCUGUCUAUACCGAUAUUCAUAAUCAUGAUGAAGAGUUUUUAAAGAAAUUGUCAGAAAAAUUAGAUCGUCAACCAUUGGUCCUGGUAAGUGCUGCUUACUACGUACGUAGUGUAAAUAGUGCAAAUCUGGAAUUCACGUGGGAGCAAUAUUUCGAUAAGUUGAAUGAAGGAGAGCGACAGAGCAUGGAUGCCGCAUUUCAAAAGAUCGAUACAGCAUAUUCUAGAGGUAAAUCAACUUCAUUGAAAACUAUUGAGUUGGCAGUAGAAAAAAGUACUCAAGAAUCCAUAUUAAUGGAAAAAAUUUUAAGUCUUUUCUCGAUAAUAUCAUUCGAUCCGUUACCACAAGAUAUUAUCAUACAAUUUAUUAAAAGCAUUGAUCCACAUAUAUCUGCAGAAGAUAUAUGCCUUCAAUUAAAGCAUUGUUCGUUAAUUCUUCAAUCAGAAAACAACGACAUCCGCCUGCAUCGCGUUGUACAUGAAGCCAUCAUAAAUUAUCAAACUUGGCAGACCACUUGCAGUAAACAAAAAGCAAAUAAUUCGACUAAGAUGUCUUUACCUGCGUGUCAAGUCGCUUGGGCACUCUAUCACUUUAAAGACAGAGAAGAUGAAAUCAAAAUAACUCCGCAUCUUAUUAAAUUCUUAAACCAUUCGUCAUUUAAGCACUUUAAAAAUAAGUUGAUAAAGGAGAAAUUGUUAUUUUUUUUCUAUAGAAAACAAAAACUUGAUAAAAAAAUUUUGAAAAUUGCCAAUUACUUUGUAAAUGUAUUAGAAAAAUUUUGCAACUAUAAACAGGCAAUCAAUGUACUUAAAGAUAUAAUAACAAUUCAAACAAGAGUGUUAGGUGUCAAUCAUGUUGUUGUUUCAUAUUCGUACAACAAGCUGGGUUGGUUGCUUCGGAAAAAUGGAGAAUACGAAAAAGCAAAAGAUUUUCAUGAACGAGCGAUGACAAUUCAAACAAAAGCAAUUGGACCUGACCAUGUUAACAUUGCAUCAACGUACAAUAAUCUGGCUAUGGUUUACGGAGAUAUGGGAGAGUACAAAAAUGCAAAAGAUUUUUUCGAACAAGCGUUGGAAAUUCAAACAAAAGCACCUGGACCUGACUUUUUUAAUGUUGCGACAAUGUACCACAAUCUGGGUUCAGUUUACCAUGAUAUGGGAGAGUACGAAAAAGCAAAAGGUUUUUACGAAAGAGCAAUGGAACUUGAAACAAAAGAACUUGGAUAUGACAAUGUUUAUAUUGCGACAACUUACAAUAAUCUAGGUUUGGUUUACCAAGAUAUGGGAGAGUACGAAGAAGCAAAAGAUUUUUACGAGCGAACAAUAGAAAUUUACACAAAAGAACUUGGACCUGACCAUGUUUAUAUUGCGACAACUUACAACAAUCUGGGUUUGGUUUACCAAGGUUUAGUUUACAGUGAUAUGGGAGAGUACGAAAAAGCAAAAGAUAUUUACGAACAAGCAAAAGAAAUUAAAACAAAAGCAUUUGGACCUGACCAUGUUAAUAUCGCGACAACGUACAACAAUCUGGGUUUUGUUAACAGUAAAAUAGGAGAGUACGAAAAAGCCAAACAUUUUUGCAUACAAGCUAUGGAAAUUCAAACGAAAGCAUUUGGACCUGACCAUGUUAAUAUCGCGACAACGUACAACAAUCUGGGUUUGUACGAAAAGGCAAAAGAUUUUUACGAACGAAAUCUGGGUUUGGUUUACAGUGAUAUGGGAGAGUACGAAAAAGCAAAAGAUAUUUACGAACAAGCAAUAGAAAUUAAAACAAAAGCAUUUGGACCUGACCAUGUUAAUAUUGCGACAACUUACAACAAUCUGGGUUUUGUUUACAGUAAAUUAGGAGAGUACGAAAAAGCCAAACAUUUUUGCAUACAAGCGAUGGAAAUUCAAACGAAAGCAUUUGGACCUGACCAUGUUAAUAUCGCGACAACGUACAACAAUCUGGGUUUGGUUUACAGUGAUAUGGGAGAGUACGAAAAAGCAAAACAUUUUUAUGAACGAGCAAUACAAUUUCAAACAAAAGCCCUGAUAUGUUAAUUCUGGAAUAAUGUACGACAAUCUUCAUUUGGUAAUAAACCAUCUAUAGAAAUUGACACUGAAGCUUUAAACUACUAGUUGCUAAAAAAGCUUUCGUGUUUGAGAAAAUUUACAA